AUGGAGAAUCGAUUCAACCGAUCGGAUGACCUCGAAUACGAAGAUGCCCCUAUAGAGGGUAUUCGUGGUCUAGAUAUUGACCACAGUUGCUCCCAGCAACUGCGCGAAGCAACGGAGAGGCUUCGAGCACAACGGUUUGGAGCUCACAACUCCUUCCUUUACUCCGAAGCCUCGAGUGCAUCCGCGUACUCUCAGUCUUCUUCUGGCUCUCCGACUAAAGGCAACUUCCGUGUGUUAACGCGUGAAAUCUUGAACGAUCCCCUCCUCAAGUCGGUGACAAACACUGGAAAGCCUAUUCUUACGUUGGAACCCGACAAGUAUAAUCCAAAACACUCUGUAGAAGUGCCAAUCAUGUAUACAACUGAUUCACCACACGGCAGCGCAGAAGAUUCCGGCCAAUCUUCAGGAGGGCGCGAAAUAAUUUGGCCGUUUAACCUAGACACAACUGGGACAACCGAAGCCACACCAAACAUCCCGCCGAAGGCUUUCUCUUACCCAACUGAUGUAAACCAAUACAAUAGACGCCUCCCGAUAUCCAAAUCUGAAGGGAACAAUGUCAGAUUUCUUGAUAGCAAUCCGGAUUAUGACGGUGCAACAUACGGUGGAGAAAAUUAUCACCAUGAUUGGGAUCCUGCACCCAAUGCCUUCAUCAGGUACGAGAAGCAGAGUUCUGGCUCCCGAUCCCCAGAGAGAGGACGUGGUCGACGUAGAUCUCUCUCUCCGGUUAAAGUUCUCGAGGACCUUGACGAAAACUCACCUCUCGAAUUUCUACCAAGUCCGAGGAAGAGGUCUAGGUCGCCGCAUAAGAAACUGUUUGGCGAGAACGGUUGGUUGGGCCGUAGCCCAUCCUUGAAGGAGGGUCUCUCCGAAAAGAACAAAAUGCCUGGUUUGAGGUCUAUUGGAGAAAAGAUUAAACAGCGUGUUGAAGACAUUGCUGGGGACGUCAAGAAAUCCAAGGAGAGGCUCCAAUCUACUUUCCCCAUUUCGCUGGAUCCCCCAACUCAAGCAAAGCUAUACUCUGAAAUGGAGCUCAUGAUCUGCGUGACAGCCAACAAAUUCCUUCUCGAUCAGCACAAAGACAGUCGCAUGUCAGUGGAAUCCGUCACCAAAAUCACUAAUUUCUGGACUUCCAAAAAUCGACCGCAAGUCGUGCAGUUUCAAUUCGACCAGCUUACCCAGCGCGACCUCAUCAUCUACAACCUGCGCACGUUCAAAUUCCACGGCGAAUGUUCGCAGAACGUGGUUGCUCUCAAUAGCACCUUGCGCAAUUGGAAAGCAGUUGCCAAGGAGAUGAGCGUCCGUACAUUCUGCACCCCCGACAGCGUCAUCAGAAAGCAUAUGCAUGACACGCACAAGAUCCUGGAGAUGCUCGGCGCACCGCUUGUCACGUUCCUUGCAUUCCAAGAGCUGCAAGUCAAUACGCUAGCGCUAAUGAAACAGGAACAAGAAAGAGUGAUACAAUCUAUGGGUCACCAUGGGGUGACAAGGGAGUAUCACCCGCCUUCCUUCGGUCGGCGUGGAAACGAAGAGAGGGGCAGAUCUCGGGAUGGUCGCCGCGAAUGA